CUCUGAUCUUUGUGCAAGGUUACAUUUUAGAGUAAGCUAGUGAGCUGUAAUAUAAGGGAGCAAUUAUCCUGUAAAUGUAAGUCUGGACAGGGCGUUUUGCUAAUCUUGAAAUGUCAAAAUCUUGUAGGUUCGCGCGGCGACAUGUUAUGAGCGUUCACUCGGAUAAUUUGAAUUCAAUUACGCAACCACUGAGCAUGCGUGUAUCGACCGGUCGUCAGCCGUGAGCAGAUUUCGUACGUCUAACAAAUGCAGUUAAAAACUGUGCCUGAGUUCUCAACGUAAUUUUGUUUGUUUCGUUAGCAUUUUAAUAUAGUUUAACUAGAAUGAAUAGGCUAAAGCGAAGCUUAAGUUUAAGGAGUUCAAAACGGCAUAUACCGGAGAGUGUGAGGCCUCAAAUUUGGGAAAACGACAGCUACAAAGUUCGAAAUGGAGGCGUUAGUUUUCCAGUCAAGUACGUCGGAUCCAUCGAGGUAUCCGAGUCCAGAGGAACUCAAGUUUGCGCAGAGGCAUUCAGGAAGAUGAAAGAGGUUGGAACAGCGAAGAAGAAACGUAUGCAGCUUCUUGUCACGGCAGAUUGUGUUCGAGUUGUGGACGAACAAACGAAGUCACUUGUUAUUGAUCAGACGAUUGAAAAAGUGUCAUUCUGUACUCCGGACCCGAGUAAUGAGAGGGUGUUCUCGUACAUUUGCCGUGAAGGCACCACUAGACGAUGGAUGUGUCACUGCUUUAUAGCCCUGAGAGACACUGGGGAGCGUCUUAGUCAUGCCGUUGGCUGCGCUUUCACUGCUUGUCUUCAGAGGAAACAGAAGGCGCAAGCUCUGCAGCAGCAACACAAGGAGGCACAACAACAACAGCAACCACAAGAGCAACAAGGGCAGCCACCACCUCAACAAGCCCCCCCGUCUGCUGCAGCUACUGCUGCUGCUGCUGCUGCUGCUGCUGGAACAGCAGCAACUGCAAGUGCGGCAAGUAGCACACCAAUGGUGAAUGGCUCGACACCAUCCAAUCCAUCUCCACAGCAGCCUUCUCCAGGACAAAUCAAAGCCACCACCCCUACUCCUGCCCCCAUGCCAACAUCAAGCACAGCUCCAAUAGCUGCUGCAGCUGUACCGUCUAGUGUCGUUACUCCUCCCAUCAAGAAUGGCACAGUGGUAACUACAACACAGCAACCAACACAUAAUAAUGCAGCUACACCUGUUCUUAAACCUCCACCAUCAGUGGCACGUCCCCGUCCACAACCUUUCAAUCCGUCGCCUUUCACUCGUCACAUGUCUCUGAGGUAUCGCUCAAACCCCCUGUCUUUUAUGCCGCUGCGUGGAUCAGACACAACUGGGUAUGAAACACUCACAGAAGAGCCGGCCGUUCCUCAGUUGCCCCCGGCAGUUGAUGCCCUCAUGCUGCAGAACAAUACCACAGCUCCAUCAUCCAGCUCCUUUGGAGCACCCAUAUCUCAACCAACAGCUACACAGAAUGGGACUCAAAAUCAGCCAAACACUGUGUACAAUGGGCUGAGCGCAAAUUCAUCAUCGCACAUGCAAGCCCCCAACACUUUGCUGAGCCUAAGUCGAGGAGGGAAUGUACCUAGUGCACCACCACCACCAGUACAACUACUUCCAGGUCAAUCGGCAACUACCCAAGUCAAUGGAGUUACCUCCUGGAGUGCCUCCACCCAACAACAGCAUCAGAAGCGUCUGUCAGAUGCAGAAAUGUGGCUGGCGUCUGCCUCGGUGGAUCCCACACAGCCAAGCAAGAUGGCACAACCAAACCAGGGCUUGCUUACUACUGUAAAUCCAUUUGCAGAAACUGCAUCCCAGAUUGAUGCUCUUUCAAAUGCAUGGACACACGAUAUGAAGGCAACUCUGCCAAGCUCGCAAUCCCAAGGGAACACAUCUUGGUCAUCAUCACCGUGGCCAUCAACCUCUUCACGCCAGACAAAUGGAGCAGAUGAGUUUUCUUCUUUCUUUGCAUCAAGGGAAACAAGCCCUCCACCUCGAGUACCACUGACUAAGAAAGAUUCCAACCCAUUUAGCCCACAGACAGAAGAUCAAGUGUUUUGGGUAUGAUAACUGAAACUGUGAGCUGACAAUUUUAAUUCUAGAUGUGUUUUUAACAGGAUUUAUUACAUAGAUUUUAAGAUGACAUGGUUUUUGUCACUGUGCAAGACCUAAGGGACCUAGCAACCUGGGUAGAAAAACAGCAUUCUGUUGGUUAAUAUUUUUAUUUCAAUUAUUUAGCUAAAAACAUACGUGUAAGCCAGGUGAAGAACCUUCCUCAGACUACAGUAUUCUUCAGUCUUGAGGGGUUUUUACUCAAAAUGAAAAACAAAGACAAUAAUAUUGCUUGAUGGUUGAUGAAUACAGCUUAUUUAGGUAGAUGUAGAAAUAAUAAGGAAAGAUUAGUUGGGGGGAAGGGAUGGGAGAUAGUUUUGGUUGGUUUUUGUGGUAUUGAUUUAUUCCAUGCUGACCUUAACUUUCAUGCAAACUGAUCUCCUUUUAUGUUUUUGAUACUUACCCUGCUAAAGAUGUCUUAGAUUUUACUCAAAAAGUUCUUUUUUGAUGGCAUAGAGCUCUACCUACAUGUGAGCAAUACAUGGGUCUCUGUGAAGCUAUCUGCAUGUCAUCAGUAGAGAAUUUGUAAGGUUGAGUCUCUUAAGAGCAGGAAGAAUAGCGUCUGCACAUAUAAACUUAUUUACCAAGACUAUGCUAACCUAACUGGUUUUUUUCCACAAAUUUAUUAGCUUUGAGAGUUUUACUGUUCAUUCAAUUAUAUUUUUUUGCCUUUUAUAGUGAUGCCUUGGUUUUUCAGGUGUUUUUGCCGUAACAAUAUCUGUCUUAAUAUUGUUUGAAAUACCAAUAACAUUGUAAAAUUUUAUGUUUUGCACACAAUAAGAAACCUCAGAAUAAUCACCAUUUCUUAUGCGUGGAGAAUUUUGCAUGAAACACUGUCAUGUGGCAAAAUUGUCUCUUUUGUCCAUGCAUCUCUCAUUAGCUUAUUACUGACACAAAUGAGCUUUAAAUAGUCUUCCUUUAUCACCACAAGAGAUAUUUUACAAAGUGCCAUUCU